AUGAUGAGCCAUUCAGAAGAGUCUAAGAAAACGGAGGAUGUGGUUGUGAGGAGAUCAGUCCGCCUCAUGAACAAGCAGGCCAAGAAGCAGGUGGUCAAAGAGGAACAUCAGAGGAGAGUUGAGGAGAAGAAGAAGGCAAGAGUCCAGAAGAAGAAGGCAGCGGUCGGGGAGGUAGAAGGCAAGUGCAGUGAUGCAGCGAAUCCCUUUGGGCCACUGGCUCCCCACGGCCAAGCUGGCCCCCAGGGCUGUGCCGGCCAAGCCGGGCCCUAUGACGAAGCUGGCCCCUAUGACCAAGCUGGCCCACACUCAACUGAAGUAUCUGUGAAGCUCCCAGGAGGCAAGGAAGGCAUGAAGGAAUACAAUGAGAGAGGCAGACCAAAUCUGAAUGGAGAAGACCUCUGUGACUGCCUGGAUCAAGAUUGCCUGGGCUGCUUCUACCCGUGCCCCGGGUGCCAGUCCACCAAGUGUGGGACCAUCUGCCGCCGCAACCGGAACGUGAUUUACGAGGCCAUUGCAGAAGAGGGUGGAGAGGUGGUCAGCACCUUCCCAUUUCCUCAUGCUAAGUAA